CCCCGAUCAGUUCAUUAUGUGCAGCUGUGCGCGCGCCCCCGCCCCGCUGACCACGCGGAGAGGAGAGAGACGCGCGCGAUGUUCCAGCUUCAGAUGGACGACUGCCUGCUUCAUGGAGACCCGUCUCAGCUGGUCUGCCUGCUCCACCAGGAAGGCCUGAGCAGCUCCACCCUCACCGGGCUGCACCACCUGGUCACCAAGGAGCUGUGCAGCGGCGGGUUCUGUAGGGUUCUAGUGGUGCUGAAAGCUUUGUCGACGCUGUCGGAGAACAAAGACGACCUGCAGACUCUGCUCAGCCUCGGCCUGACUGCUAAGGUGGUGCUGUGGUUCUCGGCUGUUCAUGACCUGCUGACCACUGACCUGCAGCAAGGCUCCGCCCCUCUGCUCAGCCUCACAGAGGAGUUCUUCAACUACUUCCUGCUGAUGGGCCAAGGUUCUCUCCCAGUGGACCAGCUGUCGGUGGUUCUGCUCCAGCUGGCCCGCACGGCUCUGGAGGCAGGAGUCCACUUCCCGCUGAGACUGGAGGCCGUCAGAACCUUCAACAGCAUCCUGGAGUUCCUGAGCCGCCAGCAGAGGAGGCGGAUCCAGAACGACCAGAACCAGAUGCGGAUACUGUCUCAGGUGGCAGCUGCCGUUCUGACGGUUGGAGACUACGAAAUGCAGGUGAGCCUGGUGGAGGUGCUGUGCCGCCUGACGCCGCGCAGGGAGCGGCAGCAGAGAGCCAAUCAGUGGUUCUCCAACAGGAACGUCGGCGCCGCCUUCUGUGACAUCAGAGACGCCGACUUUGAGGUGGACUCCAGGCGCUUCCUAAACUUCCUCAACUGCUGCCAUUCAGGCCAGAGGAGGGUUUACAGUUUCCCCUGCCUGCAAGCGUUCCUCAGCUCCACUCAGCUGUUCCGACCCAAAGACGAGAAACUCAACGAGUUCUGGAUCGACUUCAACGUCGGUUCCACAUGUGUGAGCUUUUUCAUCGACGAUCCUCAGAGCUUCCUGUGGGAGUCGGUCCACCUGCCGAAGGAGGAUGUGGAUUAUUACAACCUGCAGGUGAAGAACAACGAGACGGUCCUCAGCAUCAGGCUGACCAAUCCCAUCAUGCACCUGGACAUCAGAGGUCACCUGGUGGAGCUGACCUUCACCGCGGAACACCACAGAGAGCUGCAGGAGGCUGCGUGGAACGUCUUCAAUAGAGCAGCGAGUUCUGCCGGUGAAGACGGAGCGGGCCAGAACCCCCCCUCUGAGAACAGGCGCCCGGGCCGGUUCUACAGCCGCAAGAGAACGCCGAGCAAGAGUCAGCUGAAGAUUCUGCCGCUGUCGUCUCCCAGCAGCGAGGACGAGUCCCCCCCACAGGCGGCAGCCUCAAACCGGGCCGAGGUUCUGUUCGACCGGAUCCGCCACUCCAGCCCCACCUGCAGCUCCGCCGUCCUGCCGCCGUUCGAUCCCGCCGCCGGUCCUCAGGCUCAGCCAGCACACCUGGAGGGGCCGCCGUCAGGUGACGCUCAGGGGGCGGAGCUUCAGCCUGAGGACGCCGACCAGGGGAGGAGCUCUAAGAAGGAAGGUCUGAGGAGGAGAGAAGCAGCAGAUACAGGGUACCUGUCAGACCUGACCGAGGAGCCGACGCCCCUGAAGAGAAAGGCGGAGCCUCUGCAAAGCUGGGAGGAGUCAUGCUCACCGAUAAAAGGGAGUGGUCAGGCUGCAGAGGAGGCUCCUCCCAGUGAGGGGGUGUGGCCGGAUGUGACGGAGCAGAAGGCGGAGCCUGAGUCCCUGCUGGCGUGUGACAUCACGGCUGCGUUUGCGUCCUUCAAAGCCCAGCUGGAGCGGCGCUUCACGGACUGCUGGCAGAAAGCUGAGGCUGAGGUCCAAGGCUCCCUGAGAGACUGCCAGCUACGCGUGUCCUCGCUGCUCACAGCCGUCCAUCAGCACAGGUUGUUGCUGCUGCAGCAGUUUCAAAACAGCGUCACAGAGCAGCUGAAGCAGCUGGAAGAAAACUGCGACAAGCUGAACUCCAUAAACUCUCAGAUUCAGACCCUCUUCCACUCUAAGAUGGAGCACCUGAGUUCGUUCUGUGAGGAACAUCUGAAAAGGCUGGAGACUGUGGAACCUGACCAGUUGAAAACAGCAUGUUCAUCCAGCCAGUAGAGAAGAGGCCACUCACGCAGAUCAGAAGAGACACUCACAUGUUCUUGUGUUUAAUAGCUGAGGAGGAGAACCUCCAGGAUCUUCUCACUAAACUGAUCCUUUUG